CUGGUCACGCUGGACUUUGAUCUCCGCGCACUCGGUGGGCUCCGGCGUCGAGUUGCCAGAGUCCACUUCAACAACGCCGAGACUCGCCUCGCCACGCACCUCCUAGUGCACGACCAACGCUCCCGACUACAAUACCGCCAUCUACUAUCCGCUACGAUCACACAAGGGGGGUUCGCCAAAUCAGCGCUGGGCGACGACGCUGAACACAGCACUGGAAUCAGCAGCAGACUCGAUUGGAUACCUUCCACUCGCCAAAAGCGCCAAAAUGCCGGAUCCAGAACUAGCACGUCUCUCCUGCGAACAACGACGACUCCGUCUAGCCAUCUACAACGACCGUGCGCUGGACGUCGAUGA